UUGAGCAACGGUCACACUCCUACGCAUGUCAAACAAAUAAAUUUAAAUAAUUGGCAAAUCAAUUGCAUAAAAUGAAGGAGUUCUGCCGCACCUGCGGCAAGACAGUCGUGGCCGAUGAGUGCCUUCAGAUCUUCUCGCCUGCGGGCCGAAAGCUGCUGCAGUGUGUCCGCUCCAUCACAAAUUGCUGGCUGCAAAAUGUCCAGGAUUUGCCCAAUCACAUAUGCACGGACUGCCAGGUGCUGCUCAGCCAGGUGCAAAAGUUCCGGCGACGUUGUGCCAAGAUCGAGAAGUUCUUCGCCAGGCGGCGGAGGAGAAUGAAUAUCGGCGAGGCUCCUGCGGCCAUGGAGCAACUUCGCGUCCAGCAGGCAGCUGCUCCGGACCCGCUGGGCAUUGACGAGCUGAUGGCGGCCAGUGACAUCAAAAUAGAACCCAUCCAGUUGCAAAUGGAAGAGGAUCCGGAUCCGGAACGGCCGUAUUCCGAAAAUCAGCUUGAACAAGCUCUUAGCUAUGGCAAUGCACCGGGUGAAGACAUCCUACCCCUUCCCGAGGACUAUGGAGAGGCACAGACUGUAGUGGCGACCACCACCAACGAGCCAGCACAGCGAAGAAGCAAGAACACGGCCAAAAUAAAGUCCAAGAAGCACACAAUGCGCAUGGGCCGAAAGCUGAUCCAUGUGAAAGUCAUCGAUGAUAAGCAGCCAAAGCGUAUUGUGGACCGCAAUGGACCCAGCGCCAAGCCCUGCAUCUGCGAGCACUGCGGCCGGCAGUUCAAAGACACCAGUAAUCUCCAUGUCCAUCUGCUGCGGCACACGGGCACCAAGCCGUUCGAGUGCGACCAGUGCCACCAGAAGUGCUACACACUUCACCUGCUGCGGCGCCACCAGCUGAAGCACACGGAGGGUCCCUACGCCUGCACCUUUUGCGGCCUGGAAUACAGCACGAACAGCUCGCGCGUGAGACAUGAAAGGGAGGCCUGCAAGAAGGGACGAGCACCGCAGUCCAAGUGGGAGAUCAUCAAGAAGGGCGAGCGCACUUUCCACUGCGAGGUAUGCGAUCUCUGGUUCUUGCGCGCCGGCAACUUUACUCAGCACAUCAACUCCUCCAGUCACAUCGAAAACGAACGCAGAAAGAAAAGAAAAUUAAAUCCAACCGCCAUUAAUUCAUAAAUCCAACUAAGUGAAAA